CGAGUUCUGGCGGGAGCAGCGCGGUGUCCCCAAAUCCUGGCGGGACAUCCAGGGUGUCCCCGAGUUCUGGCGGGAGCAGCGCGGUGUCCUCAAAUCCUGGCGGGACAUCCAGGGUGUCCCCGAGUUCUGGCGGGAGCAGCGCGGUGUCCCCGAGUUCUGGCGGGACAUGCGGAGUGUCCCCGAGUUCUGGCGGGAGCAGCGCGGUGUCCCCAAAUCCUGUCACAACAUCCAGAGUGUCCCCAAAUCCUGUCACAACAUCCAGAGUGUCCCCGAGUUCUGGCGGGAUAUGCGGAGUGUCCCCAAAUUCUGUCACGACAUCCAGAGUGUCCCCGAGUUCUGGCGGGACAUCCCCAAUGUCCCCAAAUCCUGUCACAACAUCCAGGGUGUCCCCGAGUUCUGGCGGGACAUCCAGGGUGUCCCCAAAUUCUGUCACGACAUCCAGAGUGUCCCCGAGUUCUGGCGGGACAUCCAGAGUGUCCCCGAGUUCUGGCGGGACAUCCCCAAUAUCCCCAAAUCCUGGCGGGAUAUCCAGAGUGUCCCCAAAUCCUGUCACGACAUCCAGAGUGUCCCCAAAUCCUGUCACGACAUUCCCAAUAUCGCCAAAUCCUGUCGCGACCCCCUCGGUGUCCCCAAAUCCUGGCGGGACCCGCCCCGAGCGCUGCACGCUGCUCUAGGGGCGCGACCCCGAAUCCGCCGGAUUUUCACCCAAAAACGGGCAAAAAGUGGCGAAGUUUUGUACCAAAAACGGGCAAAAAAUGUUCAAGUUUUGUACUAAAAAUGAGCGGUAAAUGUUCGAUUUUUGUACCAAAAAUGAGCGGUGAAUGUUCGAUUUUUGUACCAAAAAUGAGCGAUGAAUUUUCGAUUUUUGUACCAAAAAUGAGCGGUAAAUGUUCGAUUUUUGUACCAAAAAUGAGCGGUGAAUGUUCGAUUUUUGUACCAAAAAUGAGCGAUGAAUGUUCAAUUUUUGUACCAAAAAUGAGUGAUGAAUGUUCAAUUUUGUACCAAAAA